GCGGUGGUGGAGGGGGGCACAUAAAGGACCACAUGAGUGAGAUGGGUCCGGAGGMGGUGAGGCAGGCAUCCGUGAUUGUCAAGUGAACGGCGGCCGAAGUUCUUCUGCUCCGCUCGGAUCUUCUCCUGCAGGACACUCAGUGUGUGAUUGUGCGUUCAGCAUGAGUAACAUCUAUGAGUCUGCUGAGGCCACGCUGGGCUUCAUCAGCUCCCCAUGCCUGACCAAAGUGGAGCUGCGAGUGGCUUGCCGGGGGAUCUCGGACCGCGACGCCCUCUCCAAGCCGGACCCGUGCGUGGUGUUGAAGAUGCAGUCACACGGCCAGUGGUUUGAGGUGGACCGUACUGAGGUGAUCCGCAGCAGCAGCGGUCCAGUUUUCUCCAAGAUCUUUUUGGUGGAUUACUACUUUGAGGAGGUCCAGAGGCUUCGGUUUGAGCUGCAUGACAUCAGUUCUGGCAAUAACGGCCUACGGGAUGCGGACUUCCUGGGAGCUAUGGAGUGUACCUUAGGACAGAUCGUCUCGCAGAGGAAACUGACCAAAGCUCUGCUCAAGCAGGGAAACACGGCCGGGAAGUCUUCCAUCAUGGUGACAGCUGAGGAGUUAUCCGGCAACGACGACUACGUUGAACUCUCCUUCAGCGCUCGGAAGCUGGACGAYAAGGAUUUCUUCAGCAAGUCAGAUCCGUUUCUGGAGAUCUUUAGAAUAAACAACGACGGAACGGAGUCGCUUGUGCACAGAACUGAGACGGUCAUGAACAACCUGAGCCCAGUUUGGAAAUCCUUUAAAGUUUCUUUGAACACCCUUUGCAGYGGGGAUCAUGACAGGGAGCUAAAGUGCACCGUUUGGGACUGGGACUCCAACGGCAAACACGACUUUAUUGGCGAGUUUCAGACCACAUUUAAAGACAUGAUGAGGGCAGAGCAGGAGGGCAAGCAGAUCCAGUGGGAAUGCAUUAACCCAAAAUACCAGAUCAAGAAGAAGAAUUACAGAAACUCUGGCACAGUCAUGCUUAACCACUGCAAGAUCAUCAAAAUGUACUCCUUCCUGGAUUACAUCAUGGGGGGCUGCCAGAUUCAGUUCACGGUGGCAAUAGACUUUACGGCGUCCAACGGGGACCCGCGAAACAGCUGCUCCCUCCACUACAUCCACCCCUACCAGCCCAACGAGUACCUGAAAGCGCUGGUGGCUGUAGGCGAGAUCUGCCAAGACUAUGACAGCGAUAAAAUGUUCCCCGCGUUUGGUUUCGGAGCUCUUAUUCCACCKGACUUCAAGGUUUCACAUGACUUCGCUGUGAACUUUGAUGAGGAAAAUCCUGAAUGUGCCGGGAUCCAAGGCGUGGUGGAGGCCUACCAGAAUUGCCUUCCUAAAAUCCAGCUGUACGGUCCCACCAACAUCGCCCCAAUUAUCCAGAAAGUGGCCUCCUCUGCCUCAGAGGAGAUGCACACCAAAGAGGCCAUGGAAUACUUCAUCCUGCUGAUCCUSACGGACGGCGUCAUCACCGACAUGGCGGACACGCGGGAGGCCAUCGUGCACGCCUCUCACCUGCCCAUGUCCGUCAUCAUCGUCGGCGUUGGCAACGCCGACUUCACCGACAUGCAGAUCCUCGACGGGGACGACGGGAUCCUGCGCUCGCCCAAAGGCGAGCCCGUCCUCCGCGACAUCGUCCAGUUUGUCCCUUUCAAGGACUUCAAGCACGCCUCCCCGGCUGCCUUGGCUAAGAGCGUUCUAGCUGAAGUCCCAAACCAGGUGGUGGAUUACUACAACGCGAAAGGAAUCAAACCCAAGUGUAUAUCGGACUACGAGUCCUCGAGAACCUUCAGCCCCUGACGAUGUACUAAACACACAUACAUGCUCAUAUUCAAAUUCUGUCAAAUUAAAAAUCAGCUGUUGUACAUAAACACAUCCAAAAGCACAAGCAGACAUGAACAAACAUGUAUACACAACAAUACAACACGAACAAACAUGUAUACACAACAAUACAACAUACAGUAGUCUAGCUCAGAGAAUUAGCUCGUUAUGGUGAAACAGUUUCAACUACUUCAUUGAUGACUAUUGCAUGUUUGGCCUCAAAGGCAUCACCAGGGAAAUUAUUACUAUCUACUGUAUAUUGAAAAGCUAUUUGUAGAAAUAAAAGAGUUUUCCAAUCAG